GCGCAGGGCAGCCGGCAUGGAGCUCCAGGAGGCGAAGCAGAACUGGGCACACCGCGACAUCGCAUUCAGGGCAGCCCCUAUUGCUUCUAGCCGCCACUCCUUUCUCCUUGCUCCCUGCUUCUAGACGCCUCUUCCCCCACGCGCUGGUCCCUCUCUCUAUGGAUUCAUUUCAGACUACACAGAUGAUGAGCUUGUCCGCCGAGCUCGGCAGCAACAACUUAGAACUGGCUGAGCUGGCGGAGCCUGAAGAGCCGGAGGCAUCAGCCGCCCAGGGAGACUCAGGUGCCCACCCAGAGGUGCCUAGAGGGGACUCGGAACCUCUCCCGAAGGGGGAGCUGGAGCAGCGACAACCUCCCGGGACCUCGACGCCGCCAGAGUGCAAAGUCCUUCUAACACAGGCCGAUGCCUUGGCAUCCGGGGGACGCCUUCGGGAAGCCCUCGAGGUGUACAGACAGCUCUCUGAGAGGCAGCAGCUAGUGGCUGAGCAGCUGGAGCAGCUGGUGCGCUGCCUGGCGGAGAACGUCCAGCAAAAGGAGAUGGUAGCGCCAGCGCCCUCGGACCAGAGCAGCACCUCCGCGGUGCAAGAGGCAGGGGAGGCUGCUGCCAUGGCCCCGGAGGUGUGGGAUGGCUUUAAGUGCCGGAAGUGUCAAGGAUUUCUCUCAGACCCGGUGUCCUUGUCGUGCGGCCACACCUUUUGUAAACUGUGUCUGGAACGUGGGCGGGCAGCUGAUAGGCGCUGUGCGCUCUGCGGGGUCAAGCUCUCCACUCUGAUGGUAGCAAACGGGCGGCCGCGCGGGACGCGGCGGCCUGGGCAGGGGCCACCGCAACUACGAGUCAAUGUGGUACUCAGCGGCCUUCUGGGCAAGUUGUUCCCCGGCCCGGUUCGGGCGUCGCAACUCCGGCACGAGGGCAACCAGCUGUACCGGGAACGCCAGGUGGAGGCUGCACUGCUCAAGUACAAUGAGGCAGUUAGGCUCGCUCCAAACGACCAUUUGCUUUAUAGUAACCGGUCCCAAAUUUAUUUUACCUUGGAGUCUCAUGAGGAUGCACUGCAUGAUGCAGAAAUAGCAUGCAAACUGCGCCCAAUGGGUUUUAAGGCGCACUUCAGAAAAGCUCAAGCCUUAGCCACCCUAGGCAAGGUGGAGGAAGCACUGAGAGAAUUUCUGUAUUGCGUAUCCCUUGAUGGAAAGAACAAAAGAGCCAGAGCUGAAGCCCAAAGGCUUCUCUUUAGUUUCUUUUCACCAUCAGUCCCGGGGAAUUCUCAGGAACAUUCUCCCUGUAUCCUGAAGCUGUUGGCACCUCACCCUAGAUUAAAGGAACACGUAGAGUCAAUGGCUGCUGAAGGCACCAACCAUAAUCUACCAAAGCUGUCACAGGAAAAUCCAGAGCUUCCACAUUGUUCUCAUCAGGAGGAAGGAGCAGGCGGGGGAGACAGCAGCAGUUUGACGAACUCAGCACAAGUAAAGAUGAGUGAUCAACAAGACGACGUGAAAGGUCAGGAAGAAGAGAAGAAGGAGGAUUCUGCCUCUAUCAAGACAGGAAAAUGCCAGGAAAAGAAAAGGAAGCAUUGCCAAAUUGAAACCCAAGACGACGCAGAUGUGCUUAAUAAAGUCUCCAAAGAAGAUCUUCCUGGUGAUCAUGUGGCCAAACCAGAUCUCAGUAUCCCACUUGUGUCUUUUGAUGCAUCUGACCUUGAAUGUUCACUGUGUAUGAGAUUAUUCUAUGAGCCAGUCACAACACCUUGUGGGCACACAUUUUGCUUGAAAUGUCUUGAGAGAUGCCUAGAUCAUAAUGCAAAGUGUCCACUGUGCAAAGAUGGUCUUUCACAGUGCUUGCCAUCAAGAAAAUAUAGCAAAAAUGUAAUAAUGGAGGAGAUGAUAGCUAAAUUCCUGCCAGAAGAACUCAAGGAACGAAGGCGGCUUCAUGAAGAAGAAAUGGAAGAGCUUUCUAACUUACAUAAGAAUGUACCUAUUUUUGUGUGUACCAUGGCUUAUCCCACUGUUCCUUGUCCCCUGCACAUCUUUGAGCCUUGUUACCGCCUGAUGAUUCGGAGAUGUAUUGAGACAGGCACGAAACAGUUUGGCAUGUGCCUUGGAGAUCCUGUCAAAGGGUUUGCAGAAUAUGGCUGCCUCCUAGAAAUCAGAAAUGUCCAAUUCUUUGCCGAUGGCCGCUCGGUGGUUGACAGCAUAGGCAGGAGACGCUUCAGGGUGCUCCAUCAGGGCCAACGAGAUGGCUACAAUACAGCAGACAUUGAAUAUAUUGAAGAUCAAAAGGUUCAGGGAGACGAUUGUGCUGAACUCGUGGGAUUACAUAACUGUGUCUAUGAGCAAGCCUCAUCGUGGUUUCAUUCACUCAAAUCUUCUCUGAAAAAUCGGAUACUCAAUCAUUUUGGUCCAAUGCCGGAGAAAGAUGUGGAUCCCCAGAUAAAUCCGAAUGGUCCAGCCUGGUGCUGGUGGACAUUAGCAGUUCUUCCCUUGGAAAGCAGAGCUCAACUCCCCUUUCUAGCGAUGAAGUCCUUAAAGGAUAGACUGAAUGGUAUUCGACGAAUCUUGGCCUUCAUAACCCGAAACCAAAACUAACAUGAGUGGACUGCGGAAGAGGAGAUUUUAGCCUCCCCACUGCCACAGGGAGAUGUUCUUGCAAAUAUAUCUAAUUGCAAUAACGUCUUAACAGAAGAGGGUAUCAUAGAGAGAUAUUACUCUGCUUUUUAAUCACACAGAAAUUGAGUAGAAAGACCAAAAAGAUGUGAUCUGUUUGACUUUCUGUCUUAAGCUGUUUCUUGACACUGUCUUAAGAUGUUUCUUGACACUCUGCAGAGGUAUGGAAGAGACCAGAAAAAAGUUGAUUUGGGCAUAAAAUUUUCUGAAAGUGUAGAGUAAUCUUGCUUUAAUUUUUCUGUCUUUCAUAGCUGAGUGACUGUGUGACUGAAAUGUGAAGCAGAGAUGCUAAUGUUGCUGCGUUACUUCACUGACUUGAUGUCUCAUUUCAAAUGGUUUGGGUUUUAUAGAGCAUCGUGUAAAAUAAUGUUCAUACUUCUUUCCGUUUUAAUAAUUUAUUUUUUGCACUGCUGUAUCCUUUUUCUACAUGUUUGUAACUAUUUAAGUGUACGUUACUGAAAAGUCCAUUGCUUUAUUUAUUGACGUGGUUUAUUGUGUUCAUAGGGGGAAUUAACAGUACUAGAAAUGUGCAGUGUUUUUCUUUAGUCAGUUUUUUACUUCAUUAACCCUACUUCUUGGACUCUUUCCGUUUCUAUCAUAGUAGAAUAAGUUGAAAAGAAUCUAGGGAGGAUUCUAAGGUCAUUAAUAUUCACAAAAUCCACAUUUUCUGUUAGAAUUAAACAAUAUAAAGUACGUAAUUGAUUUGGUAUAGAUUAUGGCAUAUGCCAGGGUAAAGAAUUAUUCUAGAACAGAGAGAUAAAUUAGAAGUGUCUUUUAUUACAAUCUCUUAUAGGUAUUUGUUUCAGGCAUUUUGAUUAGUAGUGUGUUAAUUUCUCCCCAGUACAUUUAAAGAUAGGAUUUUUUAGGAAGCAUAAUAUUUAAUUGGUUCUUCAGAGGGAAUGGCUUUCAGCUCGGCCUGCAUAUCUCAUAUCUUCUCAGGGUUCUGAAGAUCAAGACCUAAAUCACCACUUGCUCAAACACUUGAGGGACUAUACUUUUCUGAAAGUGUGUGAUCAGAUAGGUAAGCACCCUUUAAAAGUCUUUUUUAAAGACCCAGAGAAGGGACUGGAGAGAUGGCGUAGUGGUGAAGAGCACUGGCUGCUCUUCCAGAGAACCCGGGUUCAGUUACCAAUACCCGUAUGAUGGCUAAUGACAGACCUUAACUCCAGUUCCAGGGGAUCCAAUGCCCUUUUCUCUCCUCUGUGGGCACUGCACAGCAUGGGCACACUUGCACACAUGCAGGCAAAACUCUUAUACACAUAAAAUAAAAAUAAAUAAAUAAAGACCUGAAAAUGAAUCCAUGUUUCUAUGUAAACACUGCCUGUCCUCCUGGUAACAGUGGGUGAAGGGCUCCAAUGUAGAAGGAGAAAAGAGAAUGAGAAGGCAGGAAUAGCAUUUUUAGCUUGUUUAGAGCUAGUCUGGGAUUUUUUUUGAUGUCAUAAGAACCUGAAGAUAGCAGAAUAUUGAUAGUAGAGUAUUAUAAUGUCAAAGAGAAAAAAUAGGGCAAGGAAAAAGUGAAUUGUCACAGUUGUUUUUAUACAAACUACCCCUUUCAGGUGAUUUUGGGUUGCUGUGGUAUGUUGUUCAUGUGCAACCCUUCUACUCUGUUAAGGUGAGUCAAUCAUGUUUCAAGAGAUCAGUCUGAAUUCUUCAGUAAUCACCUUUGGCAAGAAACAGGAAAGGGAGGAAAGGGUGAGAUUCAAAUAAUAUAAAAGAGACUCAUGUGAGCAGCAACCAAAUGAUCAUCUGCACUUGCUUAAUGGAUACUGUGUUGUCAGGGCAUUACUUCACCAGGUGUGGAAUCAUCUGGGCUGGUGAAGGACACAAGUAUAUGGAAUGGAAAUACAAGAGUGAGUACUACCCAAAUAAAAUCUACAAGGCUCAGGGAGCAAGUCCCCUCCCACAUAUACCGAACCAGAUGUUCACUGCAAAGUCCUAAUAUGAUUGUUUCCUGUUCUUUAGUGAAAAUACAACAAAGAAAAAUGGUCAAAAGUUUCUCCACUUAACUACUUGUGUUACUUUGGCAAGUAAUUUAGCUUCCAUUGAGCCUUAGUUCCCCCAUCUAUGAAAUAGUAGCAGUGCUUGCAUUGGAAUUAUACGGACAAGAUUAGCAUGACCUCCAUGUAAGGAUGACUUGAAAAUUCAUGAAGCAUUCCAUAUUUUUAUUAAAAAUAAAUGGGAGUGAUAUUGGUGACAUAUAGACUCAUUAGAAGCAUUAAAUGAGGCAUAAUCAGAAAUUACUUAGCACAGUGCCUUGAUUAUGGGAGAUAUUCAAUAAAUCAUGGUUAUUAUCAAUCAUGUUGUAGAAUAUCAUCAAAGGUCUACAUUGGUGUAAAACACUGCUUACUUCCAAUACCCAUUUGCAACUGCUUUAAACUUGGGAGAAUCCAAACCACUGAUUCCAGGACCAUAACUUGAUGUACUCCCUUUUGAGGUUGAGACUGGGCAAGUUGGGCUGGGGAUAUAGCUCAGUGGGUGGAGUGUUUUCCUUGCAUUCAUGAGGCUCUGGGUUUUAUCUCCAGUAAUGUAAAAAUGACUUUGGGAAAAUGAAAAGACUGGAGAACAAAUGAGGGUCAGAGGAAGGGACUAACUCUAUGUCAAUUUUUCUCCAUUUCAAUAAGGACUAAACGUAGUGCUGUUUGUGGGACUAGAAUUCCUGAUAGAAUGGCAGCUUUAAGUUCUAGCUCCAUAAAAAUAACCAAACCAUCCCUCCCUGUUCUCUAAAAUGUAUUGAUAAUCUCAUCUAUGCCAGAGUAAUUAGAUUUCACCAUCUAUGACUUCUGUACUUGAGUAAUUAGUAUUUCUUUAUGCUACCCCAAAUGACAGGUUCUAUAACAAUAUGUUGAUAAUCUACCAUGUAUGGGUAUUAAGCCAAAUGAUUUCAUAUAUUUGAGCAUAUUAAAUCAUUUUAUUUAUUAGACAGCAUUGUUAGUGCCACAUAUGGGUGAGAAAAUGGAGGCUCGGCAAUUUUAAAUACUUUGCCCAGGUAAUAUGUUCAUCUGGUGAGCAGCCAAGCUUGAUUUUGAAUUAACAUUUUGAAUAGAUUUUAUCAUAUAUAUUUAUAUAUACUUAUAUAUGUAUUGUUUGUUUAAUAGGCAUGGUGGUCAAAUCACAAAAGUAUUCCAGUAUCCCAAAAUAGAAAGUUACAGUUGAAAUGACAUAAAAUGAAGCUAUACAACAAUUCUCUUGUUGACCUACAUGAAAAGGGAAGUUGUAUUUCUUAAUAAAGCUCCUUAUCAUAGACUGCUGGUUGAUAAAGGAGUACCCAGUUCCAGAAAAUGGCAAUCUUGGCUCGGCGAAACUGCACGUCAUGCUCAGCAAACUAGAUCCAUCUUGGGGUAGUUUUACAGUAAGCUUGUGUUUCAAUAAUUAUGGGAAGUAGAAUACAAGGAAAACCUUUGGUUUUCUUUGGGAUGUACAUGAACCAGAUAAUCAGUUGGUCAUAACCAGUUUUAACAUUUCCAUACUGGUUCUGCUUCUAAGCUUAGCAAUGAAGAGUAUAGAGAGAAAAGACAUUAAACUAAAUCUCAGCGAGAAGGUCAAGAUUUCUUCCUUGGUAGACAGUACCAUUUUUGGGGGGCAGGGGGAGUGGUCUUCCUGUGUAUCACGACUGACCUAGUCUUUUCUCUGUAGGUUAUUUUCAAUCUGUCUGUCUGUCUGUCUGCCGGUCUAUGUGUGUGUGUGUGUGUGUGUGUGUGUGUGUGUGUGUGUGUGUGUGACAGGUGGCAAGCAGACAUUAUGCCUUUCUGCUUUGUACCAUACUACUGCUGCUAGCUAAAAACCAGCAAAAUGUAGAAAGCGUAAAAUGAAGACAUUUUCUAUGGAUAAUUGGAAAAAAAUAGUGCUUUUCCCUGGCCCAGGGGUGCAGAGAACUAUUUCAAUAGCUUGCCUUUUCUCAAGGCCGACUGCUUCAAGUUCAGUACUGCCUCAGCUGUAGGGUUGAAUCAUGGCGCACUUGGUGCUGCCAGCUCUGCCUGUGGGACUGGCUAUGGGAGCCUCAGAACUCCCAUACCUGGGUCACAGUACCCAUAUGUCUUUUACUGUCAACAUGCAGUUUUUGAUGGACUGCAACCCGCUGAGGAGUGCAUUCCCCCAAGACAACUAUAUUUUCCAACAUGAGAGUUUUAUUCAGGGCUCAUUCUUUGAGUUUCCAAUUUGUUGAUUUUGCAUCCAUUUCUAUUCAUCAUGGUGGAAAUGGACAGGCCAUCAGCCUGUUCUUGGGCCUAGGGAAUGAGGUUUGGAUUCCUGAUAGAUGACAGCUGUGAGAAGCAACUGCUGCAUGGGCUUCAUUUUGUGGCACUUCCUGCAUACAGAGGGAAGGAAGGGAAAGGAGCCAUUGAUAGUAUAUGCAUUCAGUUCAUUGUAGAAUGUAGCUCCCACUUACUGCACUGAUUAACUACUUAAUAAUAGGGAUUGAGCACAUCCAGAGGUGAAAUGGAGACAUUUUCAGUUUGAAGUGGGUGUUUCUAAACAUGCUAAACUAACCUCCAGAGAGAAGUGCCUGUAACCUCUGUUCCUAGUAUCACUUUCAAGCUUUUCCUUCAUGCCUUUGUAGCAUUUAAAAACUGUCCACAGCAGCAAAUGUGAUUAACAGAAGUUUACAAGGCAACACUGUAGCUUAUGCAUCAUUUUAAAAGUUCACUGACAUUCAUCUAUUGUUAAAGUAAUGAGGAUGUUAUGAGAUAAAAGAAGAGCAAAUACUUCAACGUGGCACAGUUGGCUUAUCAUAGAUAAACUAGUUUCAUCAUUGUAUGCAGUUCUCAGUAAUGCCAGGAUUAAAACACCAAGCAAGCCACUUACACAGUGGCAUAUAUGUAUGUGUGUCUGAUUUCCAUUUGUUUAUUAAGCAGCCAUUUUACUCUUGCACUGUAAUGAACUGAAGGGAAAUUAAGAUAACGCUCCCUCCCCUCUAAUGCUAUUCAACUACCUCUACAUGCCUGAUUUCUUUUUAGUUUCCUUCCAAAUCUGUACAAAAGUGUUUUUAGCUCAUCCAUGUUCUAAUUGCAAUGUGAUAAUAGACAGUCUCUGUGAAAAGUAUUUGUUCAUUAAACAAAAGUUUCCUGUUGUCUCA